UCUUGCAAUCUUGCUCAACAUGACUCUUUCUCUCAUUAGAAGUCCUGGAUUCUGCAGAAAAAAAUUGGACUCGUUUAUUCCGUUUCAACUCCCAGAGACGUUAACUACCCAAAGAUUGACUCAUAACUAUGGAAGUACUAAGAAGCAAACACAACAAUAGCGGGUUUGAACUUGUAAAUGAUAGAAUCGCAAGAGCUGCAAAUCUACUUGCUCAAGAAACUUUUGCCUUAUUGCUUCAAGUACUUUGGGAUUUUCUCCACCUUGUGAUUAUUGUUUGGCAUGUAAUUCUGAGGACAACCCUUACACUUCAUAGCUACUUAAUAUCAAGCGGGCUGCUUAAGAAGUAUAAAACUCUUGAUUUAACCAAUCUACGGUACCUAGCCAUUGUAGUAGAAGAUGAAGAAGCUUAUGAUGUAGCAAGAAUCGUAAAGCUUUUACAGUGGUUAUCACAGAUUAGAGUGAAGCGCAUCUGUCUUUAUGAUAGGGCUGGUCUGUUGAAGGAGUGCAAGAAAGUCAUUUUGCAGGAACUUGAUGCAAGAGAAUGGGAAAAUGAUGUAAAGAGAAUCGAUCUUGAUCAGGAUCAAAUGACUCUAGAGUUUGCUUCAUUAUCUGAUGGGAAAGCAGGAAUAGCUAAAGCGAGUAGUCUUCUCUGUUCGAAAUACUUGAAAAUUGAUAGUUCGGAUGGAAAUCAACAUAAGUCGACAAUCUUCACAGAAUCCGACUUGACAGAGGCUUUGCGAGAAGUUGGUCAUUAUGGGCCAAAACCCAGUCUGCUACUGACAUAUGGAGCUGUUAGGUGCCACCUAGGCUUUCCUGCGUGGAGAACGCCAUAUACCGAGAUUGUGCACAUGGGGCCACUAAAAUCCAUGAAAUAUGGAGCACUACUUAAAUCCAUUGAAGAAUUCACCAGGGUUAAACAAAAUUACGGUGCAUGACUGUCAUUAUGAUGCGCGCCAAAAGAAAAGCGCAUAUGGAACGACGAAUAAAGUACGAAACUAAUAUGUCAGUAAAGGUUCAGUACUCGUAUUACUUGUACGCAUUUUAUACUUUCAUUUUAGGAUGGAGAAGUCAUAUAAUUAGAAGACAUUAAAUGUAUAACUACAUGUAUGAGAUGCUUAGGCAGCAGUAUUAGUUUGUAAUUUUUCUUUUACAUGUGCGGAACUCUAAUAAAAAUCAUUAUAAGUAAAUGUAGUAUCUUAAACUUGUUGGCCGGA